ACCACACCUCCCCGCGCAGGCCGUGCAGGCCGCGGGAGAAGCAGGAAAUGCCGCACCAGCCGGCUCCCGGGAGUCUUCGUCUGACCGCCAGGAUGGAGCUGGGGCCGGCGCCCAAGACCUUCGCGCUGGAGCCCCGGUGUCUGGAAGAUGGGGACGCGGGGUCUGACACCCUCUCAGGUGGCAGCGGUGGGAGUGAGAGCCAGGAGGAAGAGGCUCCAGAGAGGACCAGCCCGCUGCGGCCAGUCAUCUCAGCCCCAAAGCGAGUCAGCAAGGGCACCAAGGAGGCCCAGGCGGCACAGCAGGAACCGCAGCCAGAGCUGCAACAACCGCCGCAGCGAGAACAGCCACGACAGCCGCAGCCACAGAACCCGCCAUCGGGACGCCGAUCAGCACUGCAGCCACCGCGGCAGCAGAAUGGACAAGAACAGCUGCAGGAACGACAAGAAAAGCACCAACCCCGGCAACAUCCGCGACCGAAGUCCCGGCUGCCACCAGCGCCACAGGUGCAGGAGCAGCAAGCGCCAGAGCAACAGCAGGAACCGCUGCUGCCGCAGCGAGGACUCCAGGAAGAACCCCGGCCGGUGCCACCGGAGCCCCUGAAGCCACAACUACAGCUGGUGCAACCGCAGGGAGAGUCACAAGCGCAGCCAGGACAAGAGCAGCAGCAGUUGGAGCAACAGCAGGAACGGUCAGGACAGCAGGCCCAGCUCCAGCAGCAGCAGCAGAAGCAAGGACAGUCACAGAUACAGGCACAGCUCCAGCAGCAGCUGUUGCAGCAGCAGCAGCAACAGUUACAGCAGCAGCAGUUGUUACAGCAACAGCAGCUGCUGCAGCAGCAGCAGGAACAGUUACAGCGGCAGCUGUUGCAGCAGCAACAGUUACACCAGCACCUGCUGCAACAGCAACAGUUACAACAGCAGAUGUUGCAACAACAACAGUUACAGCAGCAGCUGUUGCUGCAGCAGCAAGAACAGUUGCAACAGCAGCAGCUGCAGCGCCGCCCCCUGGAGCCGGAGGAGGAGGAGGAGGUGGAGCUGGAGCUCAUGCCAGUGGACAUGGAGUCGGAGCAGGAGCUGGAGCGACAACAAGAACAGCGGCAGCUGCAGCUCAAACUGCAGGAGCAGCUGCAGCAGCUGGAGCAGCACCUGCAGCAGCAACAGCAGCUGGAACAGCAGCAGGAGAUGCAGCUGGAGCUGACCCCCGUGCCACCUGAGCUGCAGCUGGAGCUGGUGCCCACUGCAGGGGCAGGCCCAGCUUCAGGACCUGGCGCCUCGGGACCUGUCAUGGUGGGCCCCCCGGGCUACGUGGUGCUGCAGGAGCUCAUGGUGCUGCCGGCCGUCGCCCCGCUGCAGCCAGCUGUGGCUCCACUGCCACCAGCUGUGGCCCUACCGCCAUCAGCUGCCUGUAGCUCUAGGCUUCUCAGACGUUUGCCCAGCAACUGA